AUGAGGAGCUUGGCUCUUAACCGUCUGUGGGGUAGCGAGUCAGCAGACGCAGGUACGGCGCCUGACACUGUGGCCAACAGCGAUGUACGAGUUGUGCAGCUGGAGGCUGCUUUGGCGGAGGAGCGCCGAAGGAGUGUGCAGAAGGACGAAGAGUUGCAGAAGAUGCAGAAGCUGAUGGCGAAGCUCGAAAGUCACAUCGAGCAGCAAGCCAAAGAUUCUGAUCAGGAGCAAAAACGGCUGAGCAGCCUAGAGACAGUGCUUCAAAAGCGUGAGGCAGGCUCCGAGGACAGUGACAAAGUCAAACGGUUGGUCAUCGCACUGGCCGAAACGAAGCGCCUGAAGGAAACCGCCGAGAAGACCGCUAUAGAUGAAGGCGAGCGAGCAUCAAGGCUGGAAAGGCAAAUCUCAGACAUGAAGAAGACUGACUUCUUUGCGGCGGACACGCAGCCUGUGGCUAACAGCAAUAAUGCUGAGGAGGAGCUGCAGCGACUCCGAGAAGAGUGUGCCGCCGAGCAGCAAAAGCGAGAGGACAGAGGGCCAGCAGGCAACAUAUGCAACAUCUACGUGAGCAACCCUUUCUGCAUGGUGGGCUCGAAGCCUUCCGGCCUCUCAGCGGCUGAGACCCAAACGUUUGCAGGAUGCAGAAGUGCGCGAGCGGAUGCAGAGGGCCAAGAUGGAGCAACUUGA